AUGGACGCCGCAACCAUCGAGGAGACGAAUCGCAUCCGCGUUUCGCUGGGCAUGAAGCCGUUGCCAGUGCCCGGCGCCGCUCCAGUUGAAACGCAACGUGACAACUCCGCUUCAGAUGAUGAGGAUGCGCCGAGUACCCUCGAGAGCCGCUCGGCGCAAGCAUACGACAACUACCAGAAAGUCCGCGACGCUGAAGCCGCCAAGCGCAAACGAGAGGAGCGAGCCGCCGCUGCGAAAAGGGAACGAGAGGCUGCGCAGCGCCACGCAAUCCUCGAGGGCAAGGGUCUAGGCGAAGCAGAGGAAGCCGACGUGGAUGCGAAGGCGUGGCUAAAGGCUCAAAAGAAGCGACAAAAAGCCAUCGAGAAGGCGAGGAAGCUGGAAGAGGAACAGGCUGCCGCCGAAGCUGCUGCGCUGGCGGCUGUUGAGUACACGUCAAAGGACCUGGCCGGUGUGAAGGUUGCGCACGAACUCGACAACUUUCUCGAUGGUGAUGAGCAGAUUCUGACCCUCAAAGACGCCACCAUCGAUCAAAAUGAAGAGGAGGGCGACGAGCUCGAAAAUAUGGACCUCAAGGCCAGGGAGCAGCUGCAAGAACGGCUGGAUCUCAAAAAGAAGAAGCCAGCGUACGACGUGUUUGCUGCAGCAGACGAAGGGGCAGAGCGUGGCAUCUUGGCUCAGUACGACGACGAGAUCUACGGCAAGAAGGGCAAGAAGUUCACCCUCGACGGGUCUGGUGCGAUUGCAGAACUGGGCGACAUCUUAGGGGCGCCGGAGAAGUCGAAGAAGCUGCAGAACAUCGACCUCGAUGUCAUUCAGGAUGCGCCCACUUCAGAUUAUCUCGACAUCUCAGAGAUCAAGGUCAAGAAGCCCAAGAAGAAGAAGUCCAAGUCAACUCGGCAGAAGCCUGUUGAUGAGGAUGACAUUUUCCCCGUCGACACAACACCAGCCAACGACGACAUGAUGGAUCUUGACUCCGGCGCAGCCGUUGUCAAGAAGAAGCGCAAAGUUGAGGACGACACUUUUGUCGAUGACGAAGAUUUGCAGGCGUCAUUGGCCAUCCAGCGCAAAAACGCUCUAAAGAAGAGAAAGAGGGCCCGCCCCGAAGACAUUGCUCGGCAACUAAGAGAACAAGCAGACGAGCCAGGCGAGGCUCAAACGGGCGGCGUAGUGAUCGACGAGAUUUCAGAGUUUGUGUCCAAUCUGAAGAAGCCAGAAGAGGAAGAAGAACGCAAACCGAAGAGGCCGAAAUCCGUGUCAGUAGAGCCCGUCACGGCCAUGGAUGCCGAGUCGGGCGACGAAGACCAUCCGAUGGGUGACGAUACCCGCGAGGUUUCAGAAGACAGAGCCAGAGAAGCCUCCACUGAUAUUGCGGCGACGGGAGUUGACGAGGAGAAGACCAUCAACACGGGAAUGGGCUCAACGUUGGCGUUAUUGAGAGAACGUGGCAUUCUCAAGGAUGCUCACGGUGCCGAGCUGAACAUGAGCGAGCGCCAGAAGGCCGAGUUCUUGGCAGAGAAGAGACGCAUUGAGCGGGAGCAAGAAGAGCGAGCCAGAUCGCAGCGCGAGCGUGACAGGAACAGCGGUCGACUGGACGCCAUGUCCACCAGGGACAGGGAGGAGCGCGCUCGACAGGCCAACGCCCACCGGGAACUGCAGCAGUCCCGCGUCGUCGACGAGCUCUUCAAGAAGCACUACAAGCCCAACGUGGAGCUCAAGUACGUGGAUGACCACGGCCGGUCCCUCGACCAGAAAGAGGCCUUCAAGCACAUGAGUCACCAGUUCCACGGCAAGGGCAGCGGCAAGGGCAAGACCGACAAGCUGCUGAAGAAGAUUGAGGAGGAGAAGCGACGCGAGGCCAAGCCGACCUUUGACGCGAGCGAAAACGCAAACAUGAGUUCAUCAUCGGCGAAGCGGCAGGCCGGUGUUCGAUUACAAUAA